AUUUUUGGCAAUGUUACCUUACUUACCUUUACAAGUGCUACCCUCCCAUUUACCUCCCGAUAGAAACCACCACUCCCACCAGCAGCACCGGGUCCACAGCCACUGCUACUACCUCCGCCGCCGCCGUCUACGAUCAACAUGGCAUUCUCUGAGUUUAGGCCACUGGAUGAGAACGCUUUGGUUGAAUACAUAAAGGCCACUCCUGUUCUGUCGAACAAGAUUGGUAACGAGUUCGAUAACUUAGAGGUUAAAGAAGUUGGAGAUGGGAAUCUCAAUUUUGUCUACAUUGUUAUUGGCUCCGCUGGCUCUUUUGUCAUCAAACAGUGUAGCACUCCUUAUAUACGUGUAUGAGAAUCAUGGCCUAGACUAAAGGAAAGAGUUUAUUUUGAGGGUCGUGCACAUAAAGAGCACGGAAAAUUGUCCCCUACAUGUUCCGAAGUUUAUCAUUUGACCGUAAUAUGUCUUGAGCUAUGGCAUACUUGGCAGCCGCCACAUAUUAUGUCCGAAAAGGGUUUAAUUGCUGGAGUGCAGUACCCUCAAUCUAGCAGAACACAUACAGACUAUAUGGCAAGGACUCUUUUUUAUACUUCCCUUUUGUAAUCUUACCUAACGGACCGAGCAUUAACAUGCUUAUGCAGUGCUGAAUCUGUGGAGAUGUGGAGUUAGCAGCUCACUGAGCAGGUUGUUUUUUCUGACCCUUAACAAGUAUCUGAAUACAACGUUGGGAUCUUCCCUUACCUUGAUCAGGAUGGUGCUGUCCGGGACGGAAUAAACAUUUUAAAAGCUUGAAGUACUGAAUUGAAAUCCAGGUAUUUUGUGAAAGCUCAAGCCCUAAUCCAUGGAGAUCUCCACACUGGUUCUGUCAUGGUACUUCUCUUCAACUCAGGUUAUUAGAUCAGAAUUGCAUCUAAUGGUCCAAUGGGUUUUGAUAUUGGAGCUUUUUUAUUGCGAAACUUGAUUUUGGCAUACUUUUUCUCAAGAAUGCAUGCGAGUCCAGUAGAUGAUCGAAAGUCAUAUAAAGAGUGGAUUUUAAAGACGAUUGAAGAAACAUGGAAUCUUUUUUACAAAAAAUUCAUUGGGCUUUGGGAUGAGCACAAGGAUGGACCUGGUGAGGCAUAUCUUCCAGCAAUUUAUAACAACCCUGAGGUUCGUCAGCUUGUACAGGAAAACUUUUUGAAAGGUUUGUUCCAUGAUACCCUUGGAUUUGGUGCAGCCAAAAUGAUAAGGAGAAUUGUUGGUGUAGCCCAUGUUGAGGAUUUUGAAUCAAUUAAAGAUGCUAGCAAACGAGCUGAAUGUGAGAGGCAGGCACUUGAGUUUGCAAAACUUCUUCUUAAGGAAAGGCGGCGCUUCCAAUCCAUAAAUGAAGUUGUCUCAGCCAUUAGGCCAUUGGAUUCUUGAUAAACUUUUGGAUAAAGUUUAUGCUUUGUUACUGAGAUUCUGGUUAGAGAUACAACUCUGUUCUAUAUGUAUGUCGUGAAAAAUAACUGUUGCAUUUUCUAUCAGUGAUGAGAAUGCGUGCAGCUAUGUUCUGUGUGUAUUUUGUGCUCCCUACCUUACAUUUUGGUUUCGGCCCCAUUAAUGUCACUCAAAUUACUUAUAUUCUGUUAACUCAUUGCUGGUAUUGGUAUA